AUGGAGUGUGACGGUGUUGGAGCUGCUCAACAAUCCCUUGUGGAGGAUACUACCGCCUGCUAUGAUGAGGGUGUGCCAUUAGCACCACAAGUGCCUUGCAGCCCGAUAAUCCAAGGGGAGCCAGAGCCGGAUCAGUGUGACGAAUUGUGUGUUGAUCAGCAGAACUGUUCCCAGCCCUGCGUGGAACCUGGUCCAACCGUAAUUGAUCAGCGCACCGCCGAGAUGCCUCAGUGUUGCAAUUGCGCUUGUGGAAGGCCCGGCUGUGUGCCCACGAAGCGGGUACGCUACGUUCAGCCACCGAAACGUGAAUCCUGUAAACCGAUAGCAACGUACAAAGCCCCGGAGGUGCAAUUCGGUGGAGAUUCGGUGUACAAGACAUCGUACAACCCAGAUCCACAACUCGUCAUCAACGCUCGACCGCUGCCGAUCAAACCCCAGUCUCACCUUGUACCAAAUCCAGGAUGUGUGGAAAACACAACGGUCACUGCGAUGUCGUACCCCGGGUACAACAAUAUCGAGCGAGCGCAACCGAUUGUACCAGUUGGAAACCAGCUGAUACAAUCGGGACCGUUGCAGGAAGUCACCACGAAUCGGCACGACUAUGUAGCCAAAACGACUCCGAAACGGUACAAAAUUGUGCCCGCCGGUCACAUGCACGUGCACAGUGCGCCCUUCGAGAAGCAAACCGUCAACAAGCUCUCGUACAGCUGCCCCAAUAUGGCCAGUUUUGAACCGGCUCGAUCCUGUAAACCGCUGCGCGAGUACGAACGUCCGGAGAUUCCUAUGCAAUCGGAUACGACGACCAAGCUAAGCUAUGGACCAAUCUGUCCUCCGCCGAAGGAGGACGUCCCGUGGGCUCGGCGCGCCUGCUAUCAGCCACCAAACGUUGCAAUGGACAACGAGACGACGUACAAGAAGAGCUACAUAUCGAGCCAUUGUGCGAACGAGCGUGCCAAGAUGGUGUUGCCAUACAAUAACUUAGCUGUACCUGCCGGUUCGGGCUUCGAAUCGAAGACAGUCUACAAGGAUAGUUACCACAGUGCACCCUGUGGCGAGCGGCCGCCGGCCAUACGACCGGUCGUGCAGCUGCGGGUGCCCAACACGAAGCUCGAGGACGAUACGGUUUACAAGACUUCGUUCGCCACCCAUUGCCAUGCUGAACGCCCUGCCCCAAUUCUUCCCCGGCCAGCGCCGUUAAUUGGGGAUGGACCGAUGCAGGAAAUGACCACACAGCGGCAUGACUUCGUCUGCAAGGGCCACGCCAAACGGGAACCAAUCGUUCCGCAGGGAUCACUUGCCAUUCCCACCGGGCGGUUGGAAAGUGCCACCUCGAACCGAUUAUCGUUUCCAGCGAACAAAGAAAACGUGGUUCCGACAAAGUCUUGUAAACCGGUACGAGUAUAUAAGAGACCGGAAGAACCUAUGGAAAGUGAUACGACGCAAAAGCUCAGCUAUAUGCCCGUCUGUCCACCACCGAAAGAACACUAUCCUUGGGCUCAACGUGUGCGCUUCCAGGCACCGAACCAACCGAUGGAGUCGGACACCGUGCAAAAGCUUAGUUAUCCUCCCCCAGGCCAGUAUAUCGAGGAAACUGGUCCUUCUGACGGCGGUUUGGCAUGCUGCCAGUCGUGUAAUCCGGCGGCGAUGAACUGUUGCGGUAAUAUGGACACAUCCUGCUCGGGGGUGAGCUACCCAAGGGCCGGCAUAGUGAAAUAAAUGUUCCUCCAGCGCCCGUUGCUCCACCGGGCAGGUGGAAGGGCAUAUUAUUAAUGUUUACACCAUAAAGCAAGAAGCUGAACCAAAUUUUAAGUUGUGACUAAGUUAAAAACAAAUUUGUAUAAAUAUUUCCUCCGACCGUGUUGUAUGAAUGAAAGGACCAGCCUUAGAGAAAGUUUAGUUUAUUGUUGUUGUGUUGUAU